CACGUUGCAAUAAACUUAAAGGAACAAAACGGCGGUGGUAGCGGUCCGCUUCCACUAUGCAGUGUGUUCUCUCCCACUUCCAAAUUGUGCAUCGGCGGAUGGGUCUUAUCAUCCAACAAUUGCAGCCGAGGUUUUGCUGUUUAAUUCCAAGUGAUCUGCAGUGCUUUUACAAUUAGUCACCGCAAGAACAAUCCCUGAAUGAAUGCCAAGGAUGGCAUUUUUGGGGAGUGUCACACACAAGUGACCAAAACCAGUUUUUCAGGUAAAAAGAUUGGGAGAGGCAAAUCGAGGUUUACGAUCAUUCCUCAGUGCUAUGAUUGCCGACUGCUGUGGACGAUAGCAAAGACACAAGGCUUUAUUCCAGAGUCCUUUGGGGGAUAAAAUACCAUGGCUUCCCCAGAGACGAGCAAUGUUGAAACCACAUCAGAUUCAAUUCUUCCUUCGGGGUCAAGAUUACUAACCAGCUUCCCAGAUCUUCUUAUGUUACCCGAGCUCGUCUUUGGUGGGCUGGUGUGGAUUCUCGUGGCUUCCACGGAUGUCCUAGAUAAAGACAGCCAGGGCUGGGUGAUGUUUGUCUCUAUCCUCGUGUUCGCGUUGACACUACUACUGAUGAUUUGCUACUUCAUUGGAUGGCCCCGGAACUCGACGGCUUGGUGUUUAUUGGAUGCCGCCUACCAUGGGAUUUCAGCUAUUUUAUAUUUCAGUGCUGCAGUUCUACAGGCGAACACCACUGUACGCCUACAGAGUUUCGUUAGCAAUAUCUACAGAAUUGACAUUGCUGCCUCGGUAUUUGCAUUUGCAGCCACCGUGGUCUAUGUGGUCCAUGCAACCUAUUCAUUUAAAAGGUGGAAAACGGUUUAACGUUCUUGGUGGCAUUGGCAGCUGGAUCUUCAUCGAAUCGCUUGAAUAAAACGCAUCAGCCCUCUUAGUCCGCACCAACCCCUGAACGUCCAUUUACUCUAAUCCUACACCAACCUAACUUUAUUCCCUCAGAAAAGGGCGGUCACGGUGGCGCAGCGGUAGAGUUGCUGCCUUACAACGAAUGCAGCGCCGGAGACCCAGGCUCAUUCCUGACUACAGGUGCUGUCUGACCUGCCUGGGUUUUCUCUCACAUCUUCACUUUCUUCCCAAAAUCCAAUGACGUACAGUUACGUAGGUUAAUUGCCUUGGUGAAUGUAAAAAUUGUCCCUAUUGGGUAUAGGCUAGUGUUAGUGUGCGGGGAUCGCUGGUUGGCGCAGACUCGGGGGGCCGACGGGGCCGUUUCCGCGCUGUAUCUCUAAACUAAACUAAAUUAAACAAAGUGCUGGAGUAUCUCAGCGACUCAGACAGCAUCUCUGGAAAACAUGAAUAGGUGACGUUUCGAUUCAGCACCCUCCUUAGUUUAGUUUGUAUUGGCACGUGUACCGAGGUACAGUGAAAAGCUCUUUCUUGCGUCAGCGGGAAGACAAUACAUGAUUACAAUCAAGCCGGCCACAGUGUACCAGAUGCAUGAUAAAUAGAAUAACGUGAAUAACAUUUAGUGCAAGACAAAGUCUAGUACAGUCCGAUCAAAGACAGUCAGAGGGUCUCCAAUGACGUAGAUAGUAGCUCAGGACUGCUCUCUAGUUGUUGGUAGGACAGUUCAGUUGCCCGAUAUAACAGCACCUCCUUCAGACCUUUUGUGUCCUUUUGUGUAUUAACCAGCUCCUGGAGUUCUUUGUUUCUAGUCCAAAAUUGAAUAGUU